AAUCUUCUUGCUAUUUUCUUUUCGGUUUUGUUGCUGAUUCCUCAUUCAGAACAUAUGCAGAGCAAAAAAGCUAGGCCGAUAUGAAUUGAUGGCUACUCAAUUUAUUUGGUCCUAUGACCAUUGUCUGCUUGAUAUUCACGGCCGUGUUUCAAAAUUUAGAGAUUAAUCCAUGGCCUUUUUUUCCACUUCUGAAAGUACUGCUUUCGGUAAUUUAUGGUCGUCUCUUAGUGUAGGUGGCCUUUGUAUGUCGACAUUUCAACUCAAAUUCAAAUCUAGACAAAGGUCGAGCUAGCAUGAUUGUUUCUUUGGCAGACUUGAUCAAAGGUAUAUACUUUAACAAGCUUCAACUGCGUUUCUUUUAUAAUCCACAGAUAGCUUCAUCAAGGCACAGGGUUUAACGUAAUACUCCUUCGAACGACGAGGAGAUUCGCCAUUGGCAAAUUGAUCAUGGCGACACUAUUUCUCUAUUUUCCUGUUUUUUUAGCCUUGUAUAUGAUCACAAGACACCUCCUAGACAAGAUCCAAAACCUCCCGCCUAGUCCAUUCCUUUCACUCCCGAUCAUUGGCCAUCUCUACCUGUUUAAGAAGCCAAUUUACAGGACCCUGUCCAAUAUAUCCAAUCGAUAUGGCCAGCUCGUUGUCUUGCUACGACUCGGAUCCCGUCGAGUCCUUGUUGUCUCAUCCCCCUCAAUAGCUGAAGAAUGCUUUACCAAAAACGACGUUGUCUUUGCUAACCGCCCUCGUCUACUCAUUGGAAAACACCUUGGUUACAACUGUACAAACCUGUUUUGGGCAUCCUACGGUGACCACUGGCGAAACCUUAGAAAGAUCGUGUCUAUUGAAGUCUUAUCUGCAUAUCGCCUCCAGAUGCACUCUGCCACACACCUAGAGGAGGUAAAAUGGAUGAUCGGCUGGCUCUUUCGUAAUCAGAACCAGGUGGUGGAUAUGAAGAAAGCAUUCCUCGAACUGACUCUGAACAUCAUCAUGCGGAUGAUAGCUGGAAAGAGGUAUUAUGGAGACGAUGUUUCUGAUGUGGAACAAGCACAAAGGUUUCGUGCGAUUCAUGCUGAGAUGUAUACGCUAAUUGGCCAAACCAUAAUCGGAGACUACGUACCAUGGAUUAAAUCAAAGAAGAUGGAGAAGAGAUUGAUAGAGUGCCGAGUGAAGAGGGACAGUUUCAUGCAGUGCUUGAUCGAAGAACAAAGGAGAGUACUUUUGGAGAGUGAUUGUUGUGGUGAAAGGAAAAGGACUAUGAUUCAGGUUCUGCUUUCAUUGCAAGAAACCGAACCUGAGUAUUACACGGAUGAUAUUAUCAAAGGGCUUAUGCUGGUGCUCCUAUUUGCAGGAACAGACACUUCAUCUAGUAUAAUGGAAUGGGCACUUUCACUCCUGCUCAACCAUUCGGAAGUCCUCCUGAAGGCUCAAAAAGAAAUCGACGAGUAUAUCGGACCUGAUCGUCUAAUUGAUGAAGCCGAUCUUGCCCAACUUCCUUACCUCCGAAGCAUCAUAAAUGAAACACUAAGGAUGUACCCACCAGCUCCACUGCUAGUACCUCAUGAAUCAUCAGAGGAAUGUCUGGUUGGAGGUUUCCGCAUUCCACAUGGCACUAUGCUAUUUGUGAACAUGUGGGCCAUACACAAUGAUCCUAAAAUCUGGUUGGACCCAAGGAAAUUCAGGCCUGAUAGAUUUAAUGGCCUGGAGGGGGCUAGAGAUGGUUUUAGGCUGAUGCCUUUUGGGUAUGGCAGGAGGAGCUGUCCUGGAGAAGGCUUGGCCUUAAGAAUGGUGGGGUUGGCAUUGGGCUCGCUGAUUCAGUGUUUUGAGUGGCAGAGAAUUGAUGAUAAAUCGGUGGAUAUGACCGAGAGGCCUGGUUUCACCAUGGCAAAGGCCCAGCCAUUGAAAGCCAUAUGUCGGCCACGCCUAAGCAUGCUCAAACUUUUUUCUCAGUAAGUAUUCAGGGUAUUGUAUUUAAGAGUAUGAUAACUUUGCGUUAUCUGAAAAAAAUAUUAAAUUAAUAUUUUUUAAUGGUUUUUUA